UGUUUGCCUAAAAAGCGAAGUCUUGACUGUUUUGACACCUGCGAGAUGCCGUACGGUGGAAUCCGGAAGCCCAGCUGCUGUCAUCCAAACAAACAACAUGGGCUGACUUUGGAGAAUGUCACCAAGAGGCAUAGUUCUCCUUCAGCAAACCUGUGCAAGUCUAGAGGAGGUGACUGGAAGAAAUUGACUGUAUAUAGUUUAGGUUUCUUUACAUCAGCCAUGGCUCAGGACGAAGAGGAAGAGGAGCUGACGGUCAAUGGACCCAAGGAGGUGGACGUGUUUACAUCAGUGCGCUGCCUGGGAUACCUGUCCAGCGUCAACCUCCUGGUGGCCGUAUGCCUGGGCAUGUACGUACGCUGGGAGGUGACGAGUGAACCGAUGAUCCUGGUCAUCUUCAUCCUGGGCCUCUUUGUCCUGGGCAUAGCCAGCAUCCUUCAUUACUACUUUGCUAUGGAGAAAGCCAGCCUCAGCUUGUUUCACUUGUGGUUUGGCUUUUUGCUUGGCCUUCUGUGCUUCCUCAACAGCCCCGCCUUGGAUUCAAACGUCAAGGAGCUGGUCGCUAACUAUCUCCUCUUGGCCAGUGUCAUCAUGAAAACAGUGUGGGCUUUAACUGAGCGAAUAUGCAGCUCCAUCCGUUACAAACCCACCUUACUAACAUCAGCUGAGCUGCUGGAGCUCCUGGGGUUUGGCAUCGCCAGCACGACCAUGCUUCUCCACAAGUCAGUGGCCAUAAUAGGCUUGGUGGUGGCUCUGGGUUCUCUCAUUGUGGACCUGAGGAUGAAAUCCCUCUUGGCCUUGCCCAACCUGGUCAGUUUUGCCUUGGUUACUUCGCUGGUGUUUUUCCAGGCCUUAGGCAUCACAGCCAACCCUUUUGCUUUAGGCUGCUACCUGGGCCGGCUGCUGUGCGAGCCGGUGUUGGAUGUGUACUUCAGUGGGCUGGGGCCCAGCGAGCGCUGGAUCCCGGUGCUCUCCUUGGGGAGGGUGUGGAGGCGGCUGUCCCUGCUGCCUCUCAGUCUGAUUGAGCUGGCCUUCUUUGUCCUGGCUGCCUUAAAGCUUGGUCACUUGGAGCUCUGGUACCUGGUGAUCCCAGGCUUCUGCCUGUUUGGCCUUUUCUGGUCCAUCUGCCACAUAAUUCUGCUGAUGACAAUAUGGGGCUUCCACACCAAGGUGAACGAGUGUCAGAAGGCCUGGCGGGCCCAGCGAUCCAGCAGCCGGAGUCUGGACCAGGUCAUGGCCUCCAGGGGCAUCCGACACUUCUGCCUCAUCUCAGAACGGCUGGUGUUCUUCAGUAUGGUGUCAACAGUUAUACUGGGAGCUGUGUCCUGGCAGCCCUCCAACGGCCUCUUUCUCAGCGCUCUGCUGGUGGUGCUGCCUCUGGAGUCUCUCACCCACGGCUUGUUCCACGAGCUGGGCAGCUGCCUGGGGGGAACUUGUGUCGGCUACGCCCUGGUCAUCCCUACUGCGUACUGCAGCGCUGACGGCCAGCCCACUCUCCUACCACCUGAGCAGGUCCAACAGCUGAACCUGCGCUCCACGGGGAUGCUGAACAACGUGCAGCGCCUCUUCUCCCAUCACAUGAUCCAGACGUUUGGUUGUGACUACUCCACCAGUGGUGUCACGCUGGAGGCCCUGCACACGAAGCUGCGCAACUUUCUGGAGCUUCGUACAGCAGACGGGCCUCGUCACGACACCUAUCUGAUCUUCUACAGCGGGCACACGCAUAAAGGCACCGGGGCUUGGGCUCUGGCUGGAGGUGAGAGCUUCCACCUGGCGCAGUUACUGGAGUUGUGGAAGGAGAAGAACGUGGACCACUGCUCCCGUCUCAUCCUCGUCUUGGACACUGAGAACUCCCUCCCCUGGGUGAAGGAGAUCCGCAGGGUGGAGGGCGUCUUCAUAGCCGUGCAGGGGGCUGAGCUGUCCGUCACCAGGGUGGACCCAGAGGUUGGAGACAUCCCCCUCCUCGGGGAUUUCACCUCCGAAUGGGUGGAGUUCAACUGCAACCCAGACAGCGACACCCAGUGGUCGGACAGGGGAAGAACUGUAAUGGCUGCAUAUGGCGUGUCGAAACGCUGGAGCGACUACACGCUUCACCUGCCCACCGGAAGUGACGUGGCCAAGCACUGGAAGACCCACUUUCCUAAGGCUACAUAUCCCAUGGUGCACCUCUCUAACUGGUGCUGUGGCCUCAACCUGUUUUGGUUAUGCAGCGUGUUCCUGCGCUGCUUCAGGAGGUGUAAACUAGCUUGGUUCCCACCAGCUAUACUGGACACUGGGCAGGGCAUCAAACUGGUGCACUCUUAAGUAAAGAGGAAGUCGACGUGUACAUUUUGACGCUGGUGGUUUGUUAUUUAACGGGGAACAAGGUGUUAAUAGAAAGGAAAAAUAAUACUACAGUAAUAGAAAAAAUGAUUAGACCACCCUUGUUUUCUUCAAUUUCUUGUUCAUUUUAAUGCCUGGUACAACUAAAGGUACAUUUGUUUGGAUACAUUUAAUGAUAACAA